AUGUUACUGACGACAUUUCAGCUACCAACAUUAACAGAUUCACGCGGAGUAAACAAAAUUAGAAACUUUGGCGUUUUCGAGUUUCCAGCAACACAAAACAGCGCACUCAGUGAAACCAUUCGGAACGGUGUGGUAGAUAACAUCAAUCUCGCACUUCAACUCGCGUCAUUUUUCAGCUUUUGUGUUUGCAAUGAAAAAACGAUUAACAUGAGCGGUUUCAAGACACUCAAGACAACUCUACCAGCAACUAAACAGCAACAAAAAUCACAGUCGAGUGUGCACAAAAUUCUGCUGCAGAACGAAACGUUGCGAGAUGAGAAAUCACAAAAGAAAUUUUCAUUUUAUGGCGAAGGUGGAUGGAAGGAUGAACACAUUCAUUGUGUGCGUUGUGCAAUUCGGAGGUCAAAUGUUUCUCCAUAA